GGACUACAGUGACCAGCAUGCCCUGCGUUUCUUGCCCCCUUCCCUUUCAGCCUCCAUCGUUCGGGAGGCUCUGCAGACCAGCUGAUUGGGAACCGAUAUGGCAGCGACUCUGGGCAGCGGGGAGCGCUGGACAGAAGCUUACAUUGAUGCAAUUAGAAGAAACAAGUACCCAGAAGACAGACCUCCUGAAAGUCAUCAUCCUUGUGGUUGCUGUAACUGCAUGAAGGCACAAAAGGAAAAGAAGUCUGAGAAUGAGUGGAAUCAGACCCGGCAGGGUGAGGGGAGCACCACUUAUACUGAGGAGCAGCUGCUUGGAGUACAAAGGAUCAAGAAAUGCAGAAAUUACUAUGAAAUUCUGGGAGUUUCGCGAAAUGCCAGUGAUGAGGAGCUUAAGAAAGCUUACCGAAAACUUGCCCUGAAAUUUCACCCCGACAAGAACUGUGCUCCUGGAGCAACAGAUGCCUUCAAAGCAAUAGGAAAUGCCUUUGCAGUCCUGAGCAAUCCUGAUAAGAGACUCCGCUAUGAUGAAUAUGGAGAUGAACAGGUGACUUUCACUGCCCCUCGAGCCAGACCUCAUAGUUAUUACAGAGACUUCGAAGCUGACAUCACUCCAGAAGAGCUAUUCAACGUCUUCUUUGGAGGACAUUUUCCUACAGGAAAUAUUCAUAUGUUUUCAAACGUGACAGAUGACACCCACUAUUACCACCGGCGGCACCGACACGAGAGGAUGCAGACACAGAAGGAAGAGGAGGAAGAUAAACCUCAGACUACGUAUUCUGCAUUCAUUCAGUUACUUCCAGUUCUGGUGAUUGUGAUUAUAUCUGUCAUUACUCAGCUGCUAGCUUCUAAUCCCCCAUAUAGUCUAUUCUAUAAAUCGACCUUGGGCUAUACCAUUUCUAGAGAAACCCAGAACCUGCAGGUGCCUUACUUUGUGGAUAAAAACUUUGACAAGGCCUACAGGGGAGCAUCUCUGCGUGACCUGGAGAAGACGAUAGAGAAGGAUUACAUUGAUUACAUCCAGACGAGUUGUUGGAAGGAGAAACAACAAAAGUCGGAGUUGACAAAUUUGGCAGGAUUAUACAGAGAUGAACGAUUGAGACAGAAAGCAGAGUCGCUGAAACUUGAAAACUGUGAAAAACUUUCCAAACUUAUUGGCCUGCGCAGAGGUGGCUGAGAGGAUGAUAGUCCGGCGCAGGGUUGGGGUUUUGCUACUUGUUACUAUUUAUGUUCCUAAUUCCAUUUUAUAAUACAAAAUUAGGAAAUUAUUAACAUUUUACAAUUUGCUAAUGUUGUUUGGUGGGCAGAGUUGUAGGCGCUAGAGCAUGGAGCCAGACUUGUCAUCAGAGAAUCCUUCCUAGGGAUUGGCUCCAAGGGCCAGGAACAGUUCAUCUAAAUUGAAUUAAUGGCAAAGCAUUUGAUUCAGCGCCCCCUGUUCCUUGCCCACCCUGCCUCUAGGAAUGUAGUUCAGGGCAUCCCAGAGCAGAUUCAUGUUUUCUUCCUUCUUCCCUUCUUCAGGAAUGUUUCAAUACCCAGUCAUUCCUAGGCAUAGCCAAAGCAGCUUAAUAUUAGUUGUUUACAAUGUGCAGCAAGAAUUAUACCUCUCCCUUAUUAGAGUCCUCAUCUCCCCUAGAAUCCAGCCUUUGAAACCUGCUCCUACGCAGCUUUCCAUUUUCUAAGGGGAAGAUGGAGAAAUGUAAACUGUUGUAGUCAGUAGUUUUCUAUUUGCCUAAUCUCUAUUCAGAGUUACUAGCACUAGCACACAGCCUGUUUUGAGUUUCUUUUACUUCCUUAACCCUCUCUCUUAUAAAAGGUCCAGAAAUUAAAAGCUAUUGAGUGAAACAGUUCAAUGGACAACUCAACAGCAGGAAGCAGGGGCCAGGGGUGAAGAUGAAAUGCAAGACUGAACCUCAGUACAGGUUCCCCUGUCCAUCAUAGAUACCAGAGAAUGUCCUUUUUGUCAUUUCCCCUUGCCGCAUCACACUUAAGCUGAGUCCCUACACCCCACAGAGGUACAGUGGUCAGACCUACAAGGAGGCAUUGCCAGCCAACCAGGCUGUUUGCUCAAGCCUAGGGAUAGAAGGGAAAGACUCUUUACAUGGCUAUGGGGGUCUGGCGUUGGCCCCAGCAGUCACUUUGUCUAACCCAGUGCCCUGUAGUUUGUGAUAUGAGAUGCUUUUUCACAUAGUCAACAUUUAUUGAGUGCCUAGUAUGAAGCAGGGAUUCUCACAUAUAUUUUCUUUUCUUUUUUUUUUUUAAAGAUUGGCACCUGAGCUAACAACUGUUGCCAAUC